GCGAGAGGACGGAAAGGGCGCAGGGUUUGAAACAUGGCGGACGACGUGGACCAGAAUGAACUCCUUGAGGGCAGGGACUGACUCCUGUAUCACUGAUCUAGUAACUGGCUAGCUGGUCUUUAACAAACAUCUGUUGAUCUGGAGAUGGAAGCAGUUGAGCAACAAACUACCAACACUGUAGAAGAGCCCCUGGAUCUCAUCAGGCUCAGCCUGGAUGAGCGAAUCUAUGUGAAAAUGAGAAAUGACAGAGAGCUUCGAGGCAGGUUACAUGCUUAUGAUCAGCACUUAAAUAUGAUAUUGGGAGAUGUGGAAGAAACUGUGACAACUAUAGAAAUUGAUGAAGAAACAUAUGAAGAGAUAUAUAAAUCAACAAAACGGAAUAUUCCAAUGCUCUUUGUCCGGGGAGAUGGCGUUGUGCUAGUUGCCCCACCGUUGAGAGUUGGCUGAAACAAAGAAUUUAUCCUGUGUGGAAAUGGGAGAUGUUGUGUGUUGCCUCUUUAAAUGUAGAAGACACCCAAAAGAGAAACCUGCGUACAUUUUGAUAUUAAGAAAUAACCAAGAAUUCUUCCACUCCUGAAAUAAAUUGAUUUGCAGAUAACUCAGAAAUUCUUGAGCUAAACAGCAUUUUUAUUUUUCUCUAACUCAUCCAAUAAAUGUGAUCACCAAGAUGCAGAAUUUUUUCA